UAAAACCAAAGAAACAGACGUGAGAACAGAGGAAACCAAACCCACAUGACAGCUCUCCAUCAUCCAUAAAAUGCCAAACCAGACAGACAGGAAGUACCAAAACAAAUAUAUGAGGUGAAAUGAAAUUGAGUGUUGUGAAAUGUGAACCACUGGAGAGACAUGAGGAAACAGCUCUCGAUGAUCGCCAAUCUCCUCUGUUUGGGGAGUCUGCUGAGCACUUUUAUCUGGUACACAUUUGAAGACAGUUUGGAAUUUUACCGACCACUUCCUCAAAGAAGUGCCUCAAAGACCUCUGAACUUUGUAAAGGCUGCAAGGAAGCCAUCGAUAAAGUAAAAGAGCUCUACAAUCAAACGUGGAAAAAGCAGGAGGAGAAUUACCACAGAUUCAGAUUACAGCUGAACAUCAACUGCAAUGGAUCCAACAAUGGCAUUAUCACUCAGGAAAACACUCCAGUGGGAUCUAUGAUUGUCUGUGAUAAGGACAGGACUGUCAUUCCUGUGACCCCAGAGCUUUUCAAGGCCUUUAUCAAAGAAAAUCCUUUCUCAAAAAAGAGAUGGGACACUUGUUCAGUUGUUGGGAGCGGUGGGAUUCUGACAAACAGUGGCUGUGGAAAAAUGAUUGAUUCAGCUGAUUUUGUUUUUAGGUGCAACCUACCUCCUCUGGAAGAUGAAUUUAAGAAUGAUGUUGGCAUAAAGACUAACCUUGUGACAGCAAACCCAACCAUCUUCAUGAAUAAGUGAACAAACAUUUACUCUAACAUGGAACUGAAUUGU